GAGGAGGGGGAUAGAGAGAGAGUGAGCAGCACUGCUAAACAAAAGGAGGGCAGGCAGCUGCUCAAACUUCCUGAGAGAAAGCAAGAAGGGAGAGAUAAGGGGAAAGAGGCAGGUAGAGAGAGGGAUAAAGGGGUGAGACUGGGAGAGACAGAGGAGCUGUGGGGGAGAGAGGUACCAGCACUAAGGAGAUACAAGGAAUAGGGGGUCACUGAGGAGCAGAGGGGUGUGUAAGGAUGUCUACAUCCAUUCUCAGGAGGAAUUCAAGCAAGAAAAGGAUUCAUGACCUACUGAGACUGACCACUCAGUGGAGUGUGGAGGAUGAGGAGGAGGCAGCAAGAGAGCGUCGCAGACGAGAGAGACAAACGCAGUAUCCAACUGGUGAUGACGAGCAGGCUGUAGACGGUCUGAGCGAAGAGCCGAGCACACAGCCAGCUAGCCAGGCAGAAUUGAAGCCCAUGCGCACCUUGGAGAGCGAAGAAGAUGAAGGAUUUGGUGACUGGUCACAAAGGUUGGAACAAAGGAAGCAGAUGGAAGCUUAUCAGGUGCACACAGAAGAGACAGAGGGUCAUAGGGUUGUAGAAGAAGAAGCAAAUGAGAUGGGAAAAAAAGAGGAGGAAAGAGAAGGAGCUGAAAUCCAAGAAUCUCACGUGGAGGAAGAGGAGGAUGAAGGAACAUCACGAUCUGAAGUGACAGAGCCUCAGUUUGAGACAAACAGCCCAGAACCCUGCACAAAUGAAGAGAUCCCAUCUCACCAAUGGUCAACAAGUACCAGAGAGUAUGAGGAAGGGCAAGUAGAAGAGGAAGAACGAGAAGAGCAGAGAGAGGAAGCUGAAGAGAAGAUAACGGAACGUGGCUGGGAGGACUCUGGAGACCAGCAGGUGCAGAGACAGCAAUGGGUAACGGAAGAGGAGCACAUUCGCAGGCGGUCAGUGAGCAGCGAAGGGGAGGAGACAGAUGACAGAAUCACAGUGACCGUGAAGAUAACAGAGAGGGCAGAGUGUCUGAAUCGAUCUAUCCAGAAGAGUAACAGCAUAAAGAAGAGCGAGCCUCCUCUACUAAUAAGCAAGAUUGAUGACCGACUGGAACAAUAUACGCACGCUAUAGAGACGUCCACUAAACAAGGCCGGUUGGUCCGUCAGCCGUCAUUAGAGCUACUGAGUCCUGGUGAUGCUGUAGCCAGCAAGAAGAACCUCUGGGAGAGCGGGGAGGUUACAGCAGCAUCCAAAGCCCAGUCCUGCAAGGAUACUGAGGGCAUUAAUGUGGCAGUGUCUGACCUGAUCAACCAGUGGGGCAAAGAAAAAUCUGAGACAGAUGGCCCCCAGUCUCCCACUAAACUGACGGAAGUCAGACCUGGAGAUGUACUAAGCAAGAAGAGUCUGUGGGAACAGAACGCAAUGUCAUCGCCCACUGGAAAGAACUCAGCUGCUAGCAAGAAAUACAAGUUUGUUCCAACUGGACAUGGAAAAUAUGAACGGAUUUUGGUAGACGACCCUUGAUGUGGAUCCAGGACCUGCAUGAAUUAACCUCUUGCUGGCAGGCUGACCUGCAGAUAAUUUUAUAUACAUUGCUGAGUAUUGUGCCAUGGAACCCCUCUGCAAAUGAAAGGGUUAAAGAAAAGAGAUGCUGGAGCCAUGUUGCCUUAUCCUUCUUCUGCUAUCAGCACCUCACCUAUCUAAUCCCUACCAGAUUAUUAAUACAGCACACUGAAUUAAAGGGACAUGACAUCUGAACAUUCUAUUUAAUGAUACAGAUAGAACAUACCAUUUUAAAUAACUGUUCAAUCUACGUCUGUUAUCUAAUUUGCUUUGUUCUAUUUCUAUCCUUUGUUGAAGGAGCAGCAGUGCACUACUGGGAGCUAGCUGAUAAUUGGUGGCUGCACAUAUAUGUCUGUUUGGCACAGACUGGCACAUACAUCCAUUUGCUAGGUAGAGGGAAAUUACCAGAGGGACAUUAAUAAAUUACACCUAUUUCCUAGAGGGCCAGUGAGAUUGAUUAUUAUUAUUUUUUGUUGGGGGGGGGGGGGUGUCAAAUUUGCUGUACCCUUAGAAAACUUAUAUCAGGGGCAAAUUACCAGGUCGGGGUCUGUGAGCCAAUGACAAGAGGCAUAUAUGUGCAGCCACAAAUGAGAAGCUAGCUCCCAGUAAUUUAUUGCUGCUCCUACUUAGAUAUAUGUUUAAACAAAGGAUACUAAGAGAAUAAUUUAAAUUAGAUAAUAGAAAUAAUUUGGAAAGUUGUUUAAUAUUUCUGCUCUAUUUGAAUCCUGACAAUUUAAUUUUCACUUUACAUUCCCUUUAAUGAGGGUUCCAAAAUGGUGACAUUCCUAGGGCCACUCAUACACCAGCCUACACAGUGAUAUUCUCUGUGUAGUGUCACACAAUCCUCCACCCGCAGCCCUGAUCUUUACUUUUUAAAAUGUACUUUUUAUGCUUUAUAAAUAAAAUCUCUUACAAAACCA